CCACGAGGCACGCUGGGAUUUGUAGUUGGCUGUUCCUCGUUGAGCCGGAACUUACACCCACCCACCCCCCAACCCGGUGCCACUUCUUAAAGCCCAAACAUCCGAUUCCACGUCAAUAGAAAGCACUAGGAUUGCACGUUUUAGAACUUUUUCACCUACAAGACUUAUGCUAGCAAAAUUCACAGGCUCCGUAGUCUUUGACAGACAUUUAGACAACAUUUAUUGAGUUUCUCUAAGUGCCAGGACCUGGAGGCUACAUUCACUCGGACUUCACAGAAUUUAAAUUUUUAUUGUGCUACUUUAUUCUGGAGCUCAUAAAUGAAGUACGUCUUCGGCAAAGAAAUGGAGGAGUGACCCUGUGAAACAAUGGAAUCCAGGGACCAGAAGGCAGAGGACUGACCUUUGAAAAUAUGUAUUUGGGAGAUAAUCACGUUCUAUUGAAUACCUUGUGCUGGUGCUGCCAUCGAAAAAUCUGGUUACAGUCUGGGGAGGCCUGCUACUGCUGCAGGACUGAUCCACCUCGGCCCUGAGAUGAGUGUCCCGACAGAGCAGGCGCAUCAUGAAUAGAUACACAACGAUCAAGCAGCUUGGGGAUGGGACCUAUGGUUCUGUCCUGCUGGGGAGAAGCAUCGAGUCUGGAGAACUGAUUGCCAUUAAAAAAAUGAAAAGAAAGUUUUACUCCUGGGAAGAAUGCAUGAACCUUCGGGAGGUUAAGUCUUUAAAGAAGCUCAGUCACGCCAACAUAGUAAAGUUGAAAGAGGUCAUCAGGGAAAACGACCACCUCUAUUUUAUCUUCGAGUAUAUGAAGGAAAACCUUUACCAGCUCAUUAAAGAAAGAAAUAAGUUGUUUCCAGAGUCUGCUAUAAGGAAUAUAAUGUAUCAGAUAUUGCAAGGACUGGCAUUCAUUCAUAAACACGGCUUCUUCCACCGGGACUUAAAGCCUGAGAAUCUCCUCUGCAUGGGACCAGAACUUGUGAAAAUUGCAGACUUUGGAUUGGCCCGAGAAAUCCGAUCAAGACCUCCGUACACAGACUAUGUGUCUACUAGAUGGUAUAGGGCUCCAGAAGUCCUCCUGAGGUCUACCAACUACAGCUCCCCCAUUGAUGUCUGGGCAGUGGGCUGCAUCAUGGCAGAGGUGUACACCCUCCGGCCUCUUUUCCCUGGGGCCAGUGAAAUCGACACAAUUUUCAAAAUCUGCCAAGUGUUGGGAACACCAAAGAAGACCGACUGGCCUGAAGGCUACCAGCUGUCGAGUGCUAUGAACUUCCUCUGGCCCCAGUGCAUACCCAAUAACUUAAAGACUCUAAUUCCAAAUGCUAGCAGCGAAGCCAUUCAGCUCCUGAGAGACAUGCUUCAGUGGGAUCCCAAGAAACGGCCAACGGCUAGUCAGGCACUUCGGUAUCCUUACUUCCAGAUUGGACAUCCACUGGGCAGCGUCACACAGGAUUCAGGAAAACAGCAAAAAGAUGUCCAAGCCAAGACAGGACUGCCUACUUACAUCAAGCCAGCCCCUCCUGCCCAGCCCCCAACCAAGGCACAUACACUGAUUUCUUCACGACCAAACCAAACCAGUCAGCCUCCUCAGCAUUUUGUGUACCCCUACAAAGGUGAAGCCUCCAGGGCAGAUCAGCCCAGCCAUCUUCAGGAGGGCAAGCCAAGCCCAACGCUCUUCCCGUCCCUUCACAAUAAGAAUCUUCAGCCAAAAAUCCUAGCUGGUGUGGAACACAAAAAUGGUGAAAUCAAGCCAAAGACCAGGAGAAGAUGGGGUCUCAUUUCCAGGUCAACAAAGGGUUCUGACGAUUGGGCGGACUUGGAUGACUUAGAUUUCAGUCCCUCUUUCACCAGGAUAGAUGUGAAAAACAAGAAGAGACAGAGUGACGACCCCCUCUGCAGGUUUGAAAGUGUUUUGGACCUGAAGCCAUCCGAGCCGGUGGGUACAGGAACGAGUGUCUCAACGCAGGCUUCCUCCCAGAAGAGAGACACGCCAACCCAGCGGUCUGCGGCAAAGCAGCACUACUUGAAGCACUCUCGCUACUUGCCUGGAAUAAAUGUAAGAAAUGGCGUGCUCCCGAAUCCAGGCAAGGACUUUCCUCCAUCAAAUCCAUGGUCCAGUUCUGGUUUGUCUGGAAAAUCUUCAGGAACAGUAUCAGUAGUGAGCAAAAUAACUUCAGUUGGCUCAGGCUCCACCAGUUCCAGCGGACUGACUGGAGGUUACAUCCCUUCCUUCCUGAAGAAAGAAAUCGGUUCUGUUAUGCAGAGGGUACAGCUGACGCCUCUCGCCGACCCCGCCCCUGGCUAUUCUUCCCUGAAGGCCAUGAGACCUCACCCGGGGCGGCCUUUUUUUCACACCCAGCCUAGGAGCACUCCUGGGUUGAUUCCACGACCUCCAGCCGCCCAGCCUGUGCACGGCAGGAUAGACUGGUCUUCCAAGUACCCAUCCCAUCGGUGACUGUCAAAGCCCCGAGGCCAUUCUCCUUCAGCUGAUUCCGUUGUACCUGCAGAACCACCUGGUGGUGUAAAAGCACCCAAGCUUACAGCUGUUCUGAACUAACACAUUUCAAUAUUUCUUUUAAAUGUUUUUUUUUAAAUAUUGAUUUGACGCAAUACCCUCUUUUGUAUAAAAUUAUUUUAUUCUAAAACUGGGUCUCAUUAUUUUCUUAAACAACAGCAUUUUGUAUAUAUGGAUUAUGUUUUAGCAUUUUAUACAGUCAACUUUGUAAUGAAAUUUUUAAAGAUUAAGUAAUUUUUGUUUGUUGUUCUACAUAAUAUUUUAUACAAAUCUUGAACUAUAUAAUAACAUUGAUGCAGUAUUGUGGCGGGGUGCAGUUCAGUGCUGCAC